UCUUAACCAAACGAGCACCUUCAAAGCAUUGUUAUUGGGCUCGAGCGUUUACGUCACAGCAGCACGGGAUCGUGCGAGAUUUGCGACAACGCAGCGAUUGCGGAAGCACGUCUGCAUCACGGGACAUUUAAACUUAACGGCAAAUAUAAUUGAACUACGAGUGCCAAAGAUGGAAAAAUGUAGGGAAAACUUGCCAGUUCGAUAACAAACUUGUUACCGCGGCGAAGGACCGAUAUGUGAGCAAUUUUAAGGAUGUGAACAAUGUUGACCCUCACGAGCAAGCCGAACACAAAUGGAAUAAAGAUGUCGACAAGCUUCCACCACUACGCGAAAUGGACAUCAUGCUGUAUUUAGUGUUUGGUGUAUGUUACUACACUCAUCAGCAAUUCCGAAACUACAAAUCGCUACAAAGCUACGAACAGUUUUGCUGCGGAUGGGUGCAGGAUCUUCACAUUAUGACCAUAGCAAACGGCAACACCAUCUUUCUAGCAAAGUGUCCCGCAGAUGUUACUGAAGAAGAUCUUCACCUUUAGAAGCACAAUCCCCUCCACAUUAAACAGGAGGAGGAGUCGGAGAUGCCGUUCAUCAAACAGAAAGCGGAGCCAGACACUCCCUACAUUAAAGAAGAAGAACAGGAAAAUGAAAUCCCCAAGUUUCCAGUGGCUGUCAGUGUGAAAAGUGAAGGAGAUGAAGGUCCAAGCGAUGAGAGCGGAGCAGCAAAACUGUGGAGCAACAGCUCACUUCAUCACCUGACAACAAAACGAGAGGGACGGCCGCAACCUGACGGUUUGUUAGCUCCGCUGUCGGACAGCGAUGACGUAACGUCACACUCAUCUGACUUUAACACUGAUGAGGAGGAUGUUGACUUUGAGCAAAAUGCUUGGAAAUUCUUCAAGACAUCAUUGAAAGGAGACACAAACAAAUGUGCGGGUGGGAAACCGUUUGGCUGCGCACUUUGCAACAAAGGAUUUUCUCGGAAGACUAAUUUAGAAGUGCAUAAGCGUACACACAUUGGAGAGAAACCUUUUGACUGCUCAACUUGUGGCAAAAGAUUCUCGCAGAAGGCACAUUUAAACAAACACACAAGAAGCCACACUGGAGAGAAGCCUUUUGUCUGCACACUUUGUGGCAAAAGAUUCACACAGAAGGCACAUUUAAACAAACACACAAGAAGCCACACUGGAGAGAAGCCUUUUGCCUGCACACUUUGCAACAAAAGAUUUUCUCAGAAGGCUCAUUUAAUAACACAUAACCGUACACACACUGGAGAAAAGCCUUUUGUCUGCACAUGUUGUGGUAAAAGAUUCACCGAGAAGGGAAAUUUAAACCAACACGCAAGAAGACACAGUGGAGAGAAGCCUUUCGCCUGCUCCUUAUGUAAGAAAACAUUUUAUGUUCAGUCUCAGUUGAUAAGACACAUGCAUACACAUACCGGAGAAAAGCCUUUUGUCUGCACAUGUUGUGGUAAAAGAUUCAUCGAGAAGAUAGAAUUAAACCAACACAUAAGAACACACACUGGAGAAAAGCCUUUUGGCUGCUCACUUUGUGGCAAAAGAUUUACACAGAAGUCACAUUUAAACAAACACACAAGAAGCCACACUGGAGAGAAGCCUUUUGUCUGCACACUUUGCAACAAAAGAUUUUCUCAGAAGUCUCAUUUAAUAAUACACAAGCGGACACACAAUGGAGAAAAGCCUUUUUUCUGCACAUGUUGUGGUCAAAGAUUUGCCGAAAAGGGAAAUUUGAAACAACACACAAGCACACACAGUGGAGAGAAGCCUUUUGGCUGUUCACUUUGUGGUAAAAGAUUCACUCGAAAGGGAGAUUUAGUAAAACACUCAAGAAACCACACUGGGGAAAAACCUUUGAAUUGCGUUGUUUAACAAGAUAUUCAAAUUCCUGCCACAUAUUUACAGUGGAAAAAGCAUUUCAAUUUUCUUACUCAGUUUCCCUUGAGCAUCUUUUGAACAAGUAUUUGAAAUGAUUUGGCCAGUCCUGGUCUUUUUCACAACUAUCCAAUAUUCUUGAUUUUAUUUGUUUUUUUAAACCAAAUGAAUUAGGUUUAGUUUAGGUUACGUCAUAUCCCACUUGAUCUUCUGUUUUAUAUGACGACUUUUCUGCUUUUUUGAGUUACUUUGGCUUUUGUCUCAUCUGAUUGUUGCUUUUGUAAACUCAAAGUGACCUUGAGUGCCUUGAAAUAAUUUGUAUUCCACUGGCCAACAGUCCAUUUUGUGCAUGAAAUAUUGAUACUAUUUGUAGCUAAAUUGAGGUCAUUGAAUGCACUGCAAGUGUCACAAUAAAAUUGUUUGCAGUUUGCGAUUUCAUUCAGUUCAAAUGGCCUCACGAGAAUAUUUUAAAAUAUCUGUAUGGAAUAUUUCCUUUAGGACACAAACGGCUGAUAUAUUCAAGAACUAUUUAUUUCAAAUAUAUAUUUUGCAUAUUUUUAAGACUUCUAUUUUAUAUAUUUCUGGGCCUCUUUUUAACUUAUUACCUUUGCCCUGUAUAGGAGAAUCUCCACCAAUCUCGUUGUACAUUGUAUGAUCUCGUUGUACAUUGUAUAAUGACAAUAAAAGCUAUCCAUCCAUCAUCUACCGCUUAAUCCAAGUCCGGGUCGCGGGGGCAGCAGCUUUAGCAGGGAAGCCCAGACUUCCCUCUCCCCAUCCACUUCAACCACCUCCUGUGGUGGGAUCCCAAGGCAUUCCCAGGCCAGCUGAGAGACACAGUCUCUCCAGUGUUUCCUGGGUAAUCCCCAUAGCCUCUCAA